AUGUCGAGCCGAGCGAGCGGCCGGGACCAGUCCUCCCUGCGCCGGACUGAGGAGGAAAGCGAGGCUGACGCCGCCGAAGGAGAGCGUGGGGUGGUGCUCUCGGAGGUGGAAGAAGACGACGACCAAGGCAGACUGCGAGGCGGCGUUCUGGACGAAAAUGUCGACUAUUUUCAAGGAAGUCGCGAAUUGGAUUUGGAGGAGCGGAGGGCGGAAGAAGAAGCAGAAAAAAUCAUCGAUGAAGAAAACACAGAGGACCUCGUCUUUGGCAUGCGAGAUGAUGAACGCGAAAGGGAGGCGUUUCUGGCGGCGGGCAUGGAUGCCGACGCGUUUGACGCGUCGCUGAUCGAUGAUGAAGAUCUGGACGACCUCGAUCCCCACUUGGAAGAGAAAGCGAGGAGGGCGGCAGAGCGUCACCUGGACGCGAGAGAAAAUGAAGCGCGAAGAAAAAAGAGGGGUGACAAGGCCGCCAAGGGAGAUAUCUGGGCUCAGCUUCUGGAGGAAGAUGACGAAGGCGCCUCCGAGAUGGACCGUGUUCUCCGCCGCGUGGAGGAGCGCAGGCGGAGAUUCUUCUCAGGCACAGGCAUGGGCGGCCGAAGCGGUGAACAAAUCAACCUUCACGACCUUAAUGAAGCGAAGAAACUUCUGACAGAAUCGAACCCGGCCCUCGUGCCGUUCGGCGAACAACACCAGCAGGCGAUGGACACCUUGUUCAAGUACUUUCUGUACAAGUUCAAUCUGCAUGCGUUUCGACGGGUGCAACACGGAGGUGGUGUGGGAGAAGAGGAAGAAGGGGAGAAACGCGACGAGAAGGCGCUGUACUACCUGGACAAAAUUCAAGAUAUGAUCCGCGAGGACCGGUCGACGAUCCUGGUGGACACACGCCACUUGAUUUUUUUCUCGGACCAGUUGGUGAAGUGGAUCGAAGCGUAUCCCCUUCCAGCGCUGCAAGUCAUGAACGACGUUGUCACCGUCGAGGCUGAGGCUUCUUGCCCAUCGCUGUACUCGACGCGAAUCUGCUCGGUGAUUCUCACGGACUGGCCAUACAAGGAAGAGCUUCGCCAGCUGCGGUGCACGCACUUGAACUCUCUCAUCUCCGUCUCGGGCGUCAUUACGAGGCGGUCCUCUGUGUUGCCCAAGAUGCGCCUGCUCUAUCUCAAGUGCGGCAACUGCCUGAACAGCAUCACAGACGUGCCCAUCCAGAUUGUUGAGGGCAGGAAGAACGACGCCAUGCCGCGAAAGUGCCCACACUGCCAAGGUUCGCGGUUUAUCAUCGACAGGGUGAAGACGGCGUUUGUGGAUUUCCAGCGGCUCACGCUGCAGGAGUCGCCGGGGAAGGUUCCGCCGGGGAGGCCGCCGCGUCAGCGCGAAGUUAUCAUCACGGGCGAGUUGGUGGAUUCGAUCAAGCCUGGGGAGGAAGUGGAUGUGUUGGGGAUUUACCAAACCAAGUGCGACUAUUCCCUGAAUGCCAAGACGGGGUUUCCGAUUCUCGCCACGGAGAUUCUCGCAAACAACGUCGUGCGCACGAGCGACGCACGGAUGACAGAGUUCACCGAAGACGACCUCAAAGCGAUCAAGCAACUGUCUCGAGAUCCGCACAUUCGCGAGCGCAUCUUGGCGUCCAUUGCGCCGGCGCUGUGGGGCAACCGCGAAGUGAAGACGGCGAUCGCCUACGCGCUGUUCGGAGGCGUCCCCAAGGGGCGAGGCCCGAGCGAAAAGGGACAGGACGGGAACGACGUCGCCGCCAGUCUGAUGGGAAACAGUCGCGGGCGCGGCCUACUCGGCUGGGGCAAAAGCGGAAACGACGCCGCUGACCCAGACGCCAUGGGCGGGAGAGCCGAGGAGGGAAGCUCUCAGGGGGGCGGCACUCUCGGCGCGACGCCCCACACCAUUCGCGGGGACAUCAACGUCCUUCUCCUCGGUGAUCCUGGUCUCGGCAAGUCUCAAGCUCUACAGUACGUUGCGCGAACUUUCCCCCGCACCGUUUGCACCACUGGCAAGGGUGCCUCGGCGGUCGGUCUCACAGCUGGUGUUCGAAAGGAUCCGCAAACGGGAGAAUGGACGCUGGAAGGCGGUGCCCUGGUGCUGGCAGAUGAAGGCAUUUGCCUGAUUGACGAGUUCGACAAAAUGGUAGACCGAGAUCGUGUGUCCAUUCACGAGGCGAUGGAGCAGCAGUCCAUCUCGAUCUCCAAGGCAGGCAUCGUCACGACUCUCCGCGCCAGGUGCUCCGUCAUUGCGGCGGCCAACCCCAAGUUCGGUCGCUACAUUCCUUCCUACACGUUCAAGGAAAACGUCGAUUUGUCCGACCCGAUCUUGUCCCGUUUUGACAUCAUUGCCGUCCUCCGAGACGUGCCCGACGCGGACGAGGACCAUUAUCUGGCGGAGUACGUGCUGACGCACCACCAACUGGCCCACCCCAACAUUUCACACUUGGAGAACUAUCAGCAGCGGAUGGAAGAACUGGAGCACAUCAUGCUGGGAAAUCAGGCGUAUGAGCCGAUUCCUCAGGACCUCCUGCAGAAAUACAUUCUCUAUGCCAGAGCGAAUUGCCGUCCAGUUCUCGACACUUCCGUGAACUCUGUGGCCGCAAAAGUUUCUUCCUUCUACGCGCGCCUGCGUCGGCGAGCGGCCGCAACGGGAGGUUUGCCUCUGACCCUGCGUCACGUCGAAGCUCUUCUGCGCAUGGCCGAGGCAAAUGCAAAGAUGCGCCUCUCGCCGGUUGUCAGCAGCACAGAUGUUGACUACGCAAUUGCAACUCUUCUGGACUCGUUCAUCUCCUCCCAGAAGUUCGCCGUGCAGCAGCGCCUUGGCCGCGAAUUCGCCAGAUAUCGCGCCCUCGCCAGAGGGGGUUGGGCGACACUGUCUGCUCUCUUGAGACGUCUUAUGCAACAACGCCUCCAGCGCGCCAUGCUGCAGAGAGCGGGCGCUCCAGGCGCAGAAAUGGAGCCUUUGAGUCAGGCGGAUUUCGACAGUGCACGACGAGUUAAAGUGACAGAGUUUGUGAAGGUUGCCGCCCAAAACAAAUUCGCGGCCUACCAGGUCGAGGCGUGGAUGGCGUCCUCGCACUUCACUGAGCAGUUCCGCAUUGUCCAGGAAGGAGAAGACAAGACGAUCGUCUCGCUCAACUGGAGCCGGCCGACCGCGUCGGCGGCUGACGGCAGCAAAUAG